UAUUAUGUGGCUGUGCUGUUUUUUCUCCCGAGGGUUAUGUCACUUGCUAGAUGAACAACUUGACCCUCUUCUUUGUGUUAUUAUUAUUAUGAAAAAUGUGGUUCAGUAAACAAAUAUAGAAAUGUUGGGUUGAAAAAUGGUGUGUUCAACCUUUUAAAUUUUUUUGUUUUCAAUACAAAACUUCUACUUUGAACUUCCUUAACUAGUUUCCUCAAGGCAUUUGUUAACAAGACCCUAUUAUAACUUAGGUUAAUGCUAACUUGUGUGCUAAGUGCAUGAGUUAAAAGAGCCUAACGUAGAAUAUUCGUCUUAAAACGGGACGGGCAUACCUGUUUGCCACCCCCUACUCAUAGUAACUCAUAGUACCCUUCCAAUAUGAGCACUCUUGUUUUCCCUUCACGCUUCAUAAUACCUCUAGACAACUACUUGUGCAAUUGAGAUUACAAAGUGGAUCCUCUAUAGCCGGUUUAUGGUGCAGCUGUCUUUAGACCGUUAGAUCAGAAGAGAUAAAUUUACGUGUAGAACACAACUAGUAACCAGUGAAGAUCUAGUGCUAUUGCACGAAUAUAGGAAAAUGAUGGCAGGAAAUUGAGAUGCUUAUAUAGGUGUCAACAUUGGUACAGAUAUAACUAACUUGCCAAGUCCAACAGAAACUGUGGCCCUUCUCAAGGCUCAAAGCAUCCAGCACGUGAGACUUUACGACGCGGACAGAUCCAUGCUUCUUGCACUUGCCAAGACUGGAAUCCAAGUUAUUGUUUCUGUUCCUAAUGACGAGCUACUCGGAAUUGGUCAGUCCAAUGCCACAGCCGCGAAUUGGGUUGCCCGUAAUAUCAUAGCUCAUGUCCCUAAUACUAACAUUACUGCCAUAGCAGUUGGUUCCGAAGUCUUAACUUCGCUCCCAAAUGCAGCUCCUGUCCUUGUAUCCGCACUUCAAUUCAUUCAUUCUGCGCUUGUUGCAGCUAAUCUUGAUGAUCAAAUUAAAGUAUCUACUCCACUUUCUACUUCCAUCAUACUCGACUCUUUCCCACCAUCUCAAGCGUUUUUCAAUCGAUCUUGGGAUCCGGUCAUGUCUCCUUUACUUAAAUUUUUGCAGUCAACCGGUUCAUAUCUUAUGCUCAACGUAUAUCCUUAUUAUGAUUACAUGCAAUCCAAUGACGUAAUCCCUCUAGAUUAUGCAUUAUUCCGUCCCUUACCUCCAAAUAAAGAAGCUGUUGAUAGCAACACCCUCCUACAUUAUACAAAUGUUUUUGAUGCAGUUAUCGAUGCUGCUUAUUUUGCAAUGUCGUAUUUGAAAUUUACUAAUAUCCCUAUUUUAGUCACAGAGUCAGGAUGGCCCUCCAAAGGUGGUUCGUCCGAGCCAGAUGCAACUCCUGAUAAUGCAAACACCUUCAAUAGUAACCUUAUCCGGCAUGUUUUGAAUAAUACAGGGACUCCGAAACAACCUAGAGUUACAGUUAGUACAUAUAUUUAUGAGCUUUAUAACGAAGACUUAAGAACAGGUGCAGUAUCCGAAAGCAAUUGGGGCCUUUUUUAUGCAAAUGGAGCACCGGUUUAUACUCUACACUUGACCGGUGCUGGUAAUAUGUUUGCAAACGAUACGACGAACCAAACAUUUUGUGUCGCUAAGAGUAAUGCAGAUACUAAGAUGAUACAGGCAGCACUUGAUUGGGCUUGUGGACCGGGGAAGGUGGAUUGUUCGCCUUUGCUGCACGGUCAACCGUGUUCUGAACCGGAUAAUGUUGUUGCACACGCUACAUAUGCGUUUAAUGCUUAUUAUCAGAAAAUGAGUAAAUCUCCUGGGUCCUGUGAUUUCAAAGGAGUUGCCUCUGUCACCACCACAAACCCAAGUCAUGGUUCCUGUAUAUUUCCAGGAAGUGGUGGUAGAAAUGGUAGCAGCAUAAAUGGAACAGCACUAGCCCCUACUAUCAACUCCACAACUUCAGCCUCUUUUUCACAAUACUACAAUGAUGGAUUUUCCACCAGCUAUGUGAUUCUUGCACUACUUUUGAGUGCACUUUUUGUCUUGUAAAACUAGACAUAUUAAUUACUCACCCAAUUAGCAUUAGAAUCUAGUUUAUGGUGAUUUUGUAAGAUUGUAGCAUGCCCAAUUUUGUAUUCCUCUUGUUGAGGAUUUCAAGGGUGGCAAAGUUGGUCAAUAUUGGUAAUUGUAAUUGUAACAUGAGUUGGCCAUUUCAA